GAGGUAACCCGCCCAUCGGCGUGUAUGCUAGAGUCGUUGGAUGCACGAAGCCAUUACAACGGUGUGUGUUCAAACAGAGAGCGGCGUGUUUUCACGAUCUACAUUUUUUUGCUUUUCUUGUCGUUUAAUCGCAUUUUAUUUAACGCAUUUGUACGUACCUUACAUCAAAUACAUCCAGUAUUCUUAACAGUCGUUUUCAAAAGCCGUAUAUGUAAUUACAUUUGGCACCGAGUCGACGUGAGGCGAACGAAUUCACAGCCAUCUGAUUCUCACCGCGCGCAGCCUUUCAAAAUUGCGAAUUAGUUUGUUUAUUUUUAUUUCGUUAACCAAGGAGACGUCGGUUUAAGAUACCCGCUUCGAUUUAGAUGGCAAGCUUCCCAGAUUUUGUCAACGAAAAUGAAAUAGGUAAAGCUAAGUUCAUCGGGGAACUUAUACCUCCUGUUGCUCCCUUCGACCAAAAAUCCGGACGGGAGACUUGGACUGUAGCUUUUGCACCUGAUGGUUCCUACUUUGCAUGGUCUCAGGGGCAUCGAAUUGUCAGACUUGUACCGUGGAAAAAAUGUCUAGCUAACUUUGCUGUAAGGAACGAAGAUCGUCCGAGCAGCGGAGGUCCCCGUCGGUUCUCCCGGCAGAACAGUGAUGGCAGUCUGGUGCCAGGCGAGCUCAGAGAGCACACUAUCGAUUGCGGUGACAUAGUAUGGGGCAUUGCCUUCGGCUCGUCGGUUCCUGAGAAACAGAGCCGCUGCGUGAAUAUCGAAUGGCAUCGGUUCAAGUUCGGGCAGGACCAGCUACUGCUAGCAACCGGCCUCAACAACGGCCGCAUCAAAAUCUGGGAUGUCUAUACAGGGAAGUUUUUGUUGAACCUGAUGGACCACACAGACAUCGUACGGGAUUUGACGUUUGCCCCAGAUGGAAGUUUAGUUCUGGUUUCUGCCUCAAGAGACAAGACUCUACGUGUAUGGGACCUUAAAGACGACGGUAACAUGAUGAAAGUACUACGUGGUCAUCAAAACUGGGUCUACUGCAGUGCUUUUUCACCUGAUUCCUCGGUCCUUUGCUCCGUAGGCGCAGGCAAAGCGGUGUUCCUGUGGAACAUGGAUAAGUACACUAUGAUCCGUAAACUGGAAGGCCAUCACAACGAUGUGGUUUCUUGCGAGUUUUCGCCUGACGGCGCACUGCUGGCCACGGCGUCUUACGACACUCGUGUAAUAGUGUGGGACCCGCACACGGCCACUAUUCUGCUCGAGCUGGGGCAUCUAUUCCCUCCUCCCUCCCCCAUAUUUGCGGGAGGAGCGAAUGAUCGAUGGGUUCGCUCUGUGGCCUUUUGUCAUGAUGGUCGGCACAUUGCCAGCGUCACCGAUGACAGGUUGGUGCGGUUCUGGAGCAUAGAUGAGAGGAGUCCUCAGGCCGUCGCUCCUCUCAAUAAUGGCCUCUGUUGUGCCUUUUCUACUGAUGGAAGUGUAUUAGCAGCUGGGUCUCGUGAUGGCAGCGUGCACUUCUGGGCCUGUCCUCGCAGCGUCGCGAGCCUCCAGCACCUUUGCCGCAUGACCCUGCGGCGAGUCCUACCUACGCAGCAGGUCUACAAGCUGCCCAUUCCUUUCACCAUGCAGGACUACCUGGCUUACAAGUCGCUGUAGCUUCAACACGGCACUCUGUGAAAAGAUUGUUUUCGAUGGAGAAAGUAAAGAAAGACAAAACAUUUGAAAAAGCCUUAAUCUAUUCUGUUUAUACUGACCUCAUCAUUCAGCUUGAGGGUCAGUGUUUUGUAUUUAUUUAUUUUUUGGGGCAAGUUUACUGUAGUUCCAAGAACGUUUCAGUACUGUCUACUUCAUCUUUCAAGCCCACAUCAGUUCGUGGCCUUCAGACAGCUUUAACAUAUCAACAUGGACCACAUUAGUUUCCUGCUAUUUGAUACGGCAAACCUGCCACAACUUUUUGUACUCGCGUUUGGGUGGUGUUUUCUUGGGGUCAGUUUAGGAAACCCCUCUUGCACCUGAGAUGAGCGUGAUGGGCGAUCGUCUCUCAAAGGUUUUGCAGUGUUUUUAUUAUUUGUGCCAGCUGUGAGAGGGAUUAAAGGGAGGAUUAAUAAUGUGAAUGUGUGCAUGUGUGUCUGAGAGUGAAAGUUGAUGGUGUUGUUCCGGCGGUAGGUCUGAGUUUGGUAGUUCAGGGACACGGGCAGUGCCUCCCCUUUACGUGCCUCUUUAAAAAAGAAGCUCCGGUGCGUUAUGCACAUCACACAGACCCGAAUGCUGCCUCAGUAUCGACCUCUUGCUUAUUUUCACAACUGAAGUAACACGUGGGCUAAUUUGGUUUCUUCCAAAAAUUGUAUAUUUUUUACCAGUGCAAAGAUUUGUAAAGGCAUGUUUUGUCGAGUAUAUUUGUAAAAAUGUAUAUGUAGCUUCAAUUUUUUGCUCAAACACUUUAUGAUGCUUGUAAGUCUCAAUGUGUGACGUUUUUGUGGGUGAAUGAGACAGAGAUGAGUUAAGGAGAGGAAUAAGUAACUGCGACAUGAAUGUUCACCAGCUUGCUGUAUUUGCUAUCAGCUGAGGUCCGCUCUACAUUAUCCUUUAUUAUCUCUACACUUCAGUCUGCUGGGCCUUGUGUUUUCUAGGUGACCUAGAAGCCAUCUUAAAAGUGGCCAAAGUGUGGUUUUGUGGGGAUGGUGGCAUCAUGUCGCAUCUACCUCUCAUUUCGAGGAACUGGUAAUACUGGUGCCAGACAUAUUGGAUGUUAUUGUUUAUUGUUGAUGCACGUGGCUCUAGUUGGCCUAUUUUGAUUAUUUUUAUGUGGGAAUCAGAUGUGGCAUAUUCAUUUGGUCAUGCAGUCAAACACUUAGCAAUAAAAUCUUGUCUGAAGCUGAUGCCAAAGAUCCACUUGGGUUGAUGUUAAUGGCACUCAGUCUGUUUCUUCCCCUUUCCUCAUUUAUGGCUAAAACUUGAAAGUAUUUUGUAUAUGUAUGUCUGUUAUUCUGCUUGGGUUGGCUGAUGUUACACAAAUUGGCUUUGCUUGAACGAUAUCUUCGUCUUGAGUAGAUAUAGAAAUGGCUACAUAGAUGCACUUCAGUGUUUCAACCAAAAUGUUAGCAUUGCAGUUUGAAGUACGGUUGUAGGGAACUUCAAUCAAUAUAGAGAAAAUGCUUGUAAAUUAGUUUGUAUCUAACUAUGCUGUGCUUACCAGGAGCAAGUGAAUUUAUAUUAAGUGUUUCCCCAGCUGUUUUCUGGGGUUUGUUGGUUUAUGGUUGUUACCCAAAUAAAGAAGUAUUUUAAA